ACCGGGUGGGCGCGCGCCGUGCUAACUGCAGUCGGCGGCCAUCUUCUUUGAGGCGCCGGGUGCUUCGCUUGCCCCUUCAGUCGCGGCGGCCAACCCGCGAGCCUCAUAGUCCCGGGCUGUUGCGGCCGGGUGCUCCGAAAGAAAGCCGGGAAGGGGAGCGAAGGAAGGGCCCUCGCUUGGCGGAGACGUGGUGGUCGACGAGGCGAGGCUAGCCGGCGGUGGGACUCCCCAGCGAGGUCAGGUCAUCCCUUCGGCUCUUCGCCCCGUCCGGCUGAGGAGGGCGGGCCGAGCUCCGGAUGGGCGGCUAAGUGGCCGGGCACCAUGUUCAGCUUCGAAGGGGAUUUCAAGACCAGGCCUAAGGUCUCUCUCGGCGGAGCCAGCAAGAAGGAAGAAAAGGCAUCUCUUUUGCAUCGUACACAGGAGGAGAGACGAAAACGAGAGGAAGAAAGGAGAAGACUGAAAAAUGCAGUCAUUAUACAGUCCUUUGUUCGGGGAUACAGGGACAGAAAACACCAAUAUGCUAUUCAGAGGAGUGAAUUUGAUCGCUAUGCUAACUUAGCGCAAUCUGGAGGAAGUUGCUCCUCUGCCAUUGGAGCAAACCUGACUCUCUUAGUUCGCCAGCUUCUGUUUUUCUAUAGAUAUAAUGAAGAUUCCAAACGUUUGAUAUGGAUAUGCCAAAAUUUGAUUAAACAAAAUUCUCAAUUUGUGAAGCAGCUUGAAGGUCCUGACAGAUUUACAUGCUUAUAUCAGAUAAAAAGGCUGUUGGGCCUCUGUUGCAGAUUGCUACAAAGCUGCAAUGAUGACAGUCUGAAUGUUGCACUUCCUAUGAGGAUGCUUGAAGUAUUUUCGUCUGAGAAUACCUAUUUGCCUGUUUUACAAGAUGCUAACAAUGUUGCAUCAAUAAUUGAACAAAUCUUGCACUACGUGAUUCAAAAUGGAUACUACAGAUCUCUUUAUCUCCUAAUAAAUAACAAGCUUCCAUCAAGUAUUGAGUAUUCUGAUGUCUCUCGGGUUCCUAUUGCAAAAAUAUUUUUAGAGAAUGUUCUGAAGCCAUUGCACUUUAAUUAUAGUUCCUGUCCUGAAGUUGCUAGGCAACAGGUGUUCGCUGCUUUUACAGAAGAGUUCCUGGCAGCACCUUUUACAGACCAGAUAUUCCAUUUCAUCAUUCCAGCACUUGUGGAUGGAGAAACCUGUUUUCCCUACGAACUCUUUCUGAAUGCACUAUUAUUCACAGAAAGUGGUCAUUUGAGGGAAAGAGAGAGAGCUCCUUGGCUUUUUUACUUUGUUCUAAUAGCUGGAGAAACUUACUUAGGUUCUCUUUCAGAAGAAGGGCUGCUUGUGUAUUUGCGGGUGCUCCAGUCAUUUCUUUCUCAGUUACCUGUCUCAAUGUCAGGUACAGAUUGUCAGGACUCGGCAAGUGACUCUGAAGAUGAAGAAAUUAGUAAGAUGUCAUCCAUGCCCGGUGAUGGAAGAAUAUCAGUCCAAUAUAUAACUGAGGAGUGUCUUUCAAAGCUGGACACAAAGCAACAGACAAAUACCUUGCUAAACAUGGUUUGGAGAGAUUCAGCUAGUGAAGAAGUCUUCACUCUGAUGGCUUCCAUUUGCCAUACAUUGAUGGUGCAGCAUCGAAUGAUGGUGCCAAAAGUCAGACUUUUGUACAGUUUAGCUUUUAAUGCCAGAUUUUUGAGGCAUCUUUGGUAUUUAAUCUCAGAAAUGAAAACACGAAUGAUUACCGGGUCUAUGGUGCCGCUCCUUCAAGUAAUUUCACGUGGCUCCCCAAUGUCGUUAGAAGAUUCUAGUCGGAUCAUUCCUCUCUUCUACCUUUUUAGCUCCUUAUUUAGUCACUCACUUAUUUCUAUCCAUGAUAAUGAAUUCUUUGGUGACCCUAUAGAAGUUGUAGGUCAAAGACAAUCAUCAAUGAUGCCUUUCACAUUAGAAGAACUGGUCACAUUAUCACGCUGUCUUCGUGAUGCUUGUUUAGGAAUUAUUAAAUUGGCCUAUCCAGAAACCAAGCCAGAGGUUCGUGAAGAAUAUAUUGCAGCAUUUAGAAGUAUUGGAGUCACUACAAAUACAGAAAUGCAGCAAUGCAUCCAAACAGAACAGAAGCGGUGGAUUCAGCUGUUUAAGGUAAUCACUAAUUUAGUGAAAAUGCUGAAAUCUAGAGAUACAAGAAGGAAUUUUUGCCCACCAGAUCAUUGGCUAUCAUUACAAGAAAACAUUAGAGCAGAUAAGGUUACACAGCUUUAUGUGCCGUCAGCCAGACAUGUAUGGAGAGUGAGGAGAAUGGGAAGGAUAGGACCCUUGCAGUCAACUUUGGAUGUGGGACUGGAUCCAGCCCCUCUCUCUGUGUCGGAGGAGCGACAGCUUGCAAUAUUAACAGAGCUGCCUUUUGUGGUUCCUUUUGAAGAAAGAGUAAAGAUCUUUCAAAGGCUGAUCUAUGCAGACAAGCAGGAAGUACAAGGAGAAGGUCCAUUUCUGGAUGGAAUUAAUGUUACCAUCAGAAGAAAUUAUAUUUAUGAAGAUGCAUACGACAAACUUUCUCCUGAAAAUGAACCUGAUUUGAAAAAACGGAUUCGUGUACAUUUACUCAAUGCCCAUGGUCUAGAUGAAGCUGGUAUUGAUGGGGGUGGAAUAUUCCGAGAAUUUUUGAACGAACUACUUAAAUCAGGAUUUAACCCUAACCAGGGUUUUUUUAAGACCACUAAUGAAGGAUUGCUUUAUCCAAAUCCUGCCGCACAAAUGCUUGUUGGAGGUUCUUAUGCACGGCACUAUUAUUUUCUUGGGCGGAUGCUUGGAAAGGCUUUAUAUGAAAAUAUGCUGGUUGAGCUUCCUUUUGCCAGUUUUUUCCUCUCCAAGUUGCUGGGGACAAGUGCUGAUGUCGACAUUCAUCAUUUGGCAUCUCUGGAUCCUGAAAUGUACAGAAACCUCCUUUUUCUUAAGAGCUAUGAAGGUGAUGUAGAAGAACUUGGUCUGAACUUUACCGUGGUAAAUAAUGAUUUGGGAGAGGCACAGGUGGUUGAAUUGAAGCUUGGAGGAAAGGAUAUUCCUGUCACUAGUGCAAACCGAAUCGCCUACAUCCAUCUUGUGGCAGACUACAGGUUAAAUAAACAAAUCAGACAGCAUUGCUUGGCAUUCAGACAAGGUCUUGCCAAUGUUGUUAAUCUUGAGUGGCUCAGAAUGUUUGAUCAACAAGAAAUACAGGUUUUGAUUUCUGGAGCCCAAGUUCCAAUUAGUCUAGAAGAUCUUAAAACUUUCACAAACUAUUCAGGAGGUUAUACUGCAGAUCAUCCAGUAAUCAAAAUCUUUUGGAGAGUAGUUGAAAGUUUCACCGAUGAUGAAAAACGUAAAUUACUGAAGUUUGUGACGAGCUGCUCACGACCUCCUCUCUUGGGUUUUAAGGAAUUGUACCCUGCUUUUUGCAUUCACAACGGAGGCUCUGAUUUGGAGCGAUUGCCCACCGCCAGUACCUGUAUGAAUUUGUUGAAACUUCCAGAAUUCUGUGACGAACACCUUAUGCGGAGCAAGCUGCUUUAUGCGAUUGAAUGUGCUGCUGGAUUUGAGCUGAGUUGAAUUGAUGCUGUGAUUGAAUGCUUUGCAGAGGAAGUAAUCAGUGCCUAUUCCUUAAGCCACACACACAUACACAUAUCUAGCAGAUUAAGGGAGGUCCAUGUAAAUGUUUGCAACUCAUUUUCCCAUUGAAUUGUCCUCGAGUAGGUUUCCGUUUUAAUGUGAGGCAUUAACCGGCUGUCAUUUUUUGGGAGUUUAAACCCCACUGAGAUUUUUCUGGAUCGGAUUCAAAAAGAAGCAGUUGCUAAGCUUUCCAAGAGAGAGAGCACCUUUGGGACAAUGACAUCUUGGAGAAAAUAACCAAAGAUGAAGGCUUUGUGCUGUUUGAACACAAAUAAUUCCACUAAGUGGCAAUAUGUUGAUGCAAGUAUACUGCAGAGUAGUCGAUGGGGAAGAAACAGGGUGAUAUUCCUGGAGAGGGAAAAGAACCGUGUGAAAACUGGCCUGCAACUCAAGUAACCCCGCCUCUUUUGAAGAGGCAGAAAUUGUUUACCAUUUUUCCCAAUUUAUUUGCAAGUGGAAAAGAAUAAUUUUGUUCUAUUAGGUGAAAGUGAGACACUGAGAAAUUUAUUUUGGCCUUUAAAAAAAAAGAUGUUUACCUUCCUGAAUAAGUAUGCCUAUUCUUCAUUAUCUUAGCCAGUGUCACAAUCCAUUGCACACUGUUUCAAAUAAUGUAAUUGUUUUUUUCCUGAUCUGUUCCAUUGUUUCUCCGAGCCUGUAGCUUUAAAAAAAUCAUAUUACUUUAACAUAUACUAUAAAUAAAAUGGUUAUGACAGUAGAAAAGGAAUUUGUGUAACAACUAUUAAAAUAAAUUUGUAAAAAAGAAUCAGGCUUCCUUCUUUUUAGCUAAAAGCCUGCAGGUGUUUUCUCUUUCAUUUACUCUACCUGGAAUGCAAUUGGUGAAAAAUGUUUUAUUUGCUCUAUCAAUACGAUAGAGAAUGAGGGGGUGGGGAUACUUGAUUGUAUUUGAUUGCCAAAAGAAAUACUUAAGGUAAAAAGAAAUAAUUCAGAACUGAUAAUCACACGUAAUCAAUCUUUGUCAUGUGCAAUUGUCACUUUUUUUAAAAAAAAUGAUACAAUUGGGUCCCUAAAGCAUUAACUGGCAGAAUCAAGUAUGUCCUUUUGGGGCAGUGAAAGAGACUUUGGAACUAUUGAGUUGGGGGGGACCCUCAGCUGGUGAUCUCCAAACUUAAAAGCAAUUUUACUGCUGAAGACUCUCCUAACUUUAAUUAUUAAUCAGCAGUAAACAGCAAUAUAUUUUAAAUGUGCAGAAGGGGUCUGAAUGGUUUGAAGAUGUUUGCUAGUAUUAGUAUAAAAAUGUAUAAUUUCAUGACUUGGAUACAAAAUGAAGUGUUAAAAAUGCUAUUUGUAGUUUCCUUGUACAGAAAUAAAACAAUUUUCUUUUUUUGUUUUGUU